GCAGAUGGUGAGGUGCUAGAUCCGGCGUGAUGUGUAUUCCCUGGAUCUGGGUGGGAAGCUGCAGCCAGACUCCCUGUACUUUGAGGGUCCAUGCAGUCCUUGAAAUGCCCUGGACCCGGAGGCAGGCCUCUGAAUAAUUGUGCUCAGUGGGCUGAGUCUGCUCUGAGCAUUGGGUGCAGGGAGUUGUGUGUAGAUACAUCCCUGUACUCAACUUGAACAUGCUUUCGAUGCACCCAUGGAAAGCACGUUGCCAAACUUGGAGAGGCCUAGUUGCCUCAGUACCUUCUAGAGGUUCAGCAUUGGUAUUUAACCUUUUACGUGCAUGAUCCAUUUAUAGUUGAUUUUGUAAAAUGGCAUCUCACGCGUUGGGUAGCACUUCACUGCUAAGCUGUCUCCUGGCCUGCCUGAGGCCCUUGAUUGGUCUAAAAUCUGCCAAUAUCUAGGCAGAAGAGGGACAGCUGGGGCUGUCUGGCAGAAAGAAUAAAGAGGAGGAGGAAUCUAGAGAGAAGAAGGGGAGGAGGAGGGAGAAAGAGAGGGCCACACCUCGGAUGAGAAGCCAGACAGCCACCAGCCAGCCAGACAACAGAAGCAGGAAAGUGGGACAUACAGACAGAACAGAAGGAUGCAGUGACCUACAAUGAUGUGCAUGUUGAUUUCACUUGGGAGGAGUGGGCGUUGCUGCAUCCUUCCCAGAAGAAUCUCUACAAAGAUGUGAUGUUGGAGACCUAUACAAACCUCACUGCUAUAGGCUACAAAUGGGAAGAUGAUAAUAUUGAAGAACAUUGUCAAAGUUCUCGAAGACAUGGAAGGCAUGAAAGAAGUCAUACUGGCAAAAAACCUUCUGAAUAUACACAAUGUGUUAAAGCCUUUGCAUGUCACGGUCAUCUUCAGUGGCAUAAAAUAAUUCAUACUGGAGAGAAACCCUCCGAAGUUAUUCAAUAUGGUGAAGCCUUUGCAUGUCAAAUCAGUCUCCGAACACAUAAAAGGACAGGAGAGAAACCCUAUGAAUGUAAUCAAUGUGGUCAAGCCUUUGCAUGUCUCAAGAGUCUCCAAACACAUAAAAUAAUACAUAAUGGAGAGAAACCCUAUGAAUGUAAUCAAUGUGGUAAAACCUAUGCACAACACAGUAGUCUUCAAACACAUAAAAGAACACAUACUGGAGAGAAACCCUAUGAAUGUAAUGAGUGUAGUAAAGCCUUUGCAUGUCACAAGAGUCUUCGAACACAUAGAAGAACACAUACUGGAGAGAAACCCUAUGAAUGUAAUGAGUGUGGUAGAGCCUUUGCACAACGUAGUAGUCUUCAGACACAUAGAAGAACACAUACUGGAGAGAAACCCUAUGAAUGUAAUCAAUGUGGUAAAGCCUUUGCACAUCUAGUCAGUCUCCAAAUACAUAAAAGAACACAUACUGGAGAGAAACCAUAUGAAUGUAAUCAGUGUGGUAGAGCCUUUGCACAAUACAGUAAUCUUCAAACACAUAAAAGAACACAUACUGGAGAGAAACCAUAUGAAUGUGAUGAGUGUGGUAAAGCAUUUGCGUGUCACAAGAGUCUCCGAAAACAUAAAAGAACGCACAGUGGAGAGAAAGUCUAUGAAUGUAAUCAAUGUGAUAAAGUCUUUGUACAACACAGUCAUCUUCAAAGACAUGAAAGAACACAUACUGGAGAGAAACCCUAAAAAUGUGAUCAAUGUGAGAAAGACUUUGCACGUAUCAAUAAUCUUUGAAAACAAGCAAAAACCAUACUGAAGAGAAACCCUCUAAAUGUAGUCAGGGUAACAUAGUUUUGCAAAUCAUUGUAGUCUUUAUAUAUAAGAAUAUAUCUUUUACUAUGUAAUUGAUAUAUUAAAGCCUUUGAAUAUAAUAGACUUUGAAAAUCUGAAAAAACUCAUACCAAAGGGAACCUGAAAAUAAGUCAUUUGAUAAGAUCUUGAGUCAACACACCUAUGUUCAGUUACAGAAGAUUAUUUAUUCUGGAGAAAAAAAAUCUGACAAGUGUCAAAAAUCUGUUCAAGCAUUAUGUUAUCCCUCAUUAUUUUGUUUACACCAGGAAACCCACAUGGGCAAAAGGCCUAUAAAUGUAAAUGAUAAGCUAUCCAUUUUAGAUUUCAUACUUCAAUUGCAUGAGAUAAUCAUUCGAGGUAUGAACUUCAUGGGUGUGCAUUAGUGCCUUUUCUGUUCCUAUUAUUCAGCAUUAUGUCUAAGUGAACUUAUGAAAGGGUUUGAUUUGACCCUUGGUUCCAGAGCAAUAGAGCAUUACCAUAAAAGUGACAUGGAAUCAGGUGUCAGACAGGACAACUAAAGUAGGAAGGUAAGAAUUCGUAUCCUUAACCUGCAGUAUGAAAUAGAAAGUAUAAAAUGAAAACGGUAUGCAGAUGUUCACUCUCAGGCCAACCCCAGUGAUAUUCUUCCAGCAGAGCAGCAUGACCUAAAUUUUCACCUGUGAUUCUACAGACUGAGAAUGAUGAUUUCAUGGUUCUGUUACAUGAACCAAUUCAUGAUGGAGAAAAACUCUGUAAGCUUUUAGAUGCCUCAACACCUGUGUCACAAGAAUUACAAGAGAAAAUAUUCAUUAGUGAAAUUUAGCUUAAAGAUUUGUUUUAAUUUUAAUUAUGCAAUGUCACUGUGUCUUUCUUUGUGUGGGUAUGUGCAUGUACAUUCUGUUUCCCACAAAUGUUAGACCCUUGGAGCUUCUUGUAGCAGGAAUUACUGGGAGGUCUCAAAAACUUGACCUUAGUCCAGGGAAUGAACUAAUAUUAAGGACUCGGUCAUGUUUCUAGUCCUGUAAACAUUUUAAAGCUUUUUUUCAUAUCAGGACAUAUGGAGGAACUCAUACAGGAAAAAAACCCUAUUCAUGUAAAUUAUUUGGUAAAUACUUUAGACAUGACAGUUGUCUCAGUUUCAGGAAAACAAACUUGUCUCAUCUCUCUUUCAAUAUAACCUUGAAGUAAGUAAAUUAUGUACCAAAUUCACUAAAGAGUGAUGUGAAGAUCUCAUUGUGGCUGCUAUUUUGCAACAUUUAAGGUAUAUAUUAAAGUGUGCUAUAUGUGUGGUCCAUUUAGUGAACUUUAUUUGGUGGUUGUUACAUUUCUUCAGUGGCUUCUGUUCAUCUUUUAUUGUACUUUCACUCAGUGAGAGAUAUUUUUAUGCUGCAAUGUGUAGAAAGUGUUCAUCAUAUAAGUGGUCAUAUCAGGCUAUGUGUCAUCAUACUUUUCAAGUGAGGCUGUAUGUGAAAGGGUGGUGGUUUUUUGUCCUGGUUUUAUUUUUCAUAUUUUUUCACAGAUUCCCUUGAAAUGUUGCUUGUUAUCCAGCCUGGAUGGUUAGUGAUUAGUCAGGGAUACAUUUGAGCUCAUGAUCCUCAUGUGUCAGUCUUGGAAAUACAAGUCUAAGGGUAGAUGAUGUGCUCCCAACAUUUCCUGUUCUGUCAUCACAUUUUAACAAUGGUAAUGUCAAAAUACUUAAUAGAAAAUAUGAAAACAUUAAAUACCUUAUGUAUGUGUCCCAAGAAACAUUUUUAUCUGUCUGGAAGAGAUCUAAUAAGGUAGAAUAAUCAGCAUUCAACUGUAUAUUUCACCAUAUACUUUUUUUUUUUUUUUUUUGGUUUUUCAAGACAGGAUUUCUCUGUAUUGUUUUUGGAGGCUGUCCGAGAACUCACUCUGUAGACCAGGCUGGCCUCGAACUCACAGAGUGCUGGGAUUAAAAGCAUGUACCACCAACACCCGGCUCACCAUAUACCUUGAUGUGUCAUGAAUAUGUAUAUUUUAUUUGAAAUAUCAUGCAUCUUCAUAACCUCAUCAGUUAUCUACUUGGCACAUCACAUUGAAGUAUUACCUCCUAUGGGAAUUAUCCAGAGAUCCCGAUAAUGUUAUGAGAAUGACAUUUAUUUAAAAAAAAAAUCUGUUGUGUAUCUGUGUGACUAUUUAAGCCAUGACAGAUAUGUGGAGACUAGAAGACAACUUUGUGUCUUUUUGUUUUUGUUUUGUCUUUUGAGACAGGGUUUCUCUGUGUGGCUUUGGUUGUCCUGGAACUCAUUCUGCCAGUCUGACCUGUAGUUCAUAGAGAUCUGCCUGCCUCUGCAGGUGCUGGAGAUGUGUGGUUGGUCUGCAGUGUUGAAAUGCUGGAACUUUGUCAAGCAGCAAUGGUCACCAUGUGGUCCACACCAUUGUUUUACAACAUAGCUUCAUGUGCUACGGUUAUGUAUAUAAGUAAUUAUUAUUUGAAAUUCCAUGCUUCUUCAUGUCCACAUUAUUUUCCCAUGGGGCACUUCAUCUUGAAGUAUUGCCUUCAAAGGGGAUUAUCCAGAGAUGCCUUACAAUGUAAUGGCAAGGAGAUUUAUUAAAAACAGAACAAAGAAA